AUGAGGCCAGGGUACCUGCUGCAGCUCGUGCUGCUGCUGGCCCUGCCCAGGAGCCAGUGGGGCAGAGGGUGUGUGUCUCCACCCUGUGAGUGCCACCAGGAGGACGACUUCAGAGUCACCUGCAAGGAACUCCACCGCAUCCCCAGCCUACCACCCAGCACCCAGACUCUGAAGCUCAUCGAGACUCACCUGAAGACCAUCCCCAGUCUCGCGUUUUCAAACCUGCCCAAUAUUUCCAGGAUCUAUUUAUCUAUAGAUGCAACUCUGCAGCGGCUGGAGCCACACUCUUUCUACAACCUGAGCAAAAUGACUCACAUAGAAAUCCGCAACACCAGAAGCUUAACUUACAUAGACCCUGAUGCACUAACAGAGCUGCCCUUGCUCAAAUUCCUUGGCAUUUUCAACACUGGACUCAGAAUAUUCCCUGACCUGACCAAAAUUUAUUCCACGGAUGUAUUCUUUAUACUGGAAAUCACAGACAACCCUUACAUGACUUCGGUCCCUGAAAAUGCAUUUCAGGGACUGUGCAACGAAACCUUGACCCUGAAACUAUACAACAAUGGAUUUACUUCAGUUCAAGGACAUGCUUUCAAUGGGACAAAGCUGGAUGCUGUAGAUGUGUCUUCCACCAGUGUCACCGCCCUUCCCUCCAAAGGCCUGGAGCACCUGAAGGAACUGAUCGCCAAAGACACUUGGGCUCUCAAGAAGCUCCCUCUGUCCUUGAGUCUCCUCCACCUCACGCGGGCUGACCUCUCCUACCCAAGCCACUGCUGUGCUUUUAAAAACCAGAAGAAAAUCAGGGGAAUCCUGGAGUCCUUGAUGUGUAACGAGAGCAGCAUCCGGAAUAUGCGCCAGAGAAAAUCAGUGAAUGUGCUGAGAGGUCCCCUCUACCAGGAGUAUGAGGACGAUCUGAGUGACAACGGUGUUGGGUACAAACAAAACCCCAAGCUCCAGGAGAGCUCGGGCAGCUCUCAUUACUACGUAUUCUUUGAAGAACAAGAGGAUGAGAUCCUUGGUUUCGGCCGAGAGCUCAAAAAUCCUCAGGAAGAGACUCUGCUAGCCUUCGACAGCCACUAUGACUACACUGUGUGUGGGGACAAUGAAGACAUGGUGUGCACUCCCAAGUCGGAUGAGUUUAACCCCUGUGAAGACAUCAUGGGUUACAAGUUCCUGAGAAUCGUGGUGUGGUUUGUCAGUCUGCUGGCUCUCCUGGGCAACAUCUUUGUCCUGUUUAUUCUCCUUACCAGCCACUAUAAACUGACCGUGCCUCGCUUUCUUAUGUGUAACUUGGCCUUUGCCGACUUCUGCAUGGGGGUAUACCUGCUUCUCAUUGCCUCUGUGGACGUGUACACACAGUCCGAGUACUACAACCAUGCCAUCGACUGGCAGACUGGCCCUGGGUGCAACACGGCUGGCUUCUUCACUGUUUUUGCCAGCGAACUAUCCGUGUACACCCUAACAGUCAUCACCCUGGAGCGAUGGUAUGCCAUCACCUUUGCCAUGCGCCUGGACAGGAAGAUCCGCCUCCGGCAUGCAUACACCAUCAUGGCGGGGGGCUGGGUUUCCUGCUUCCUCCUGGCCCUGCUCCCCUUGGUGGGAAUAAGCAGCUACGCCAAGGUCAGCAUCUGCCUGCCGAUGGACACUGACACGCCUCUUGCUCUAGCCUACAUUGCCCUGGUUCUGCUGCUCAAUAUUGUCGCCUUUGUCAUCGUCUGUUCCUGCUACGUGAAGAUCUACAUCACGGUCCGGAAUCCCCAGUACAACCCUCGCGAUAAAGACACCAAGAUUGCCAAGAGGAUGGCCGUGUUGAUCUUCACUGACUUCAUGUGCAUGGCCCCAAUCUCCUUCUACGCCCUGUCAGCACUGCUGAACAAGCCCCUUAUCACCGUCACUAACUCCAAAAUCUUGCUGGUUCUCUUCUACCCCCUCAACUCCUGUGCCAAUCCAUUCCUCUAUGCCAUUUUCACUAAGGCCUUCCAGAGGGAUGUGUUCAUCCUGCUCAGCAAGUUUGGCAUCUGCAAACGCCGGGCCCAGUCAUACCAAGGUCAGAGAGUGUGCCCAAACAACAGCACCGGGAUUCCGAUUCAAAAGGUUCCCCAGGACAUGAGACAGAGUCUCCCCAACAUGCAAGAUGCCUACGAACUCCUUGAAGACGCCCGCCUAACUCCAAAAAUACAGGGGCAAGUUGCAGAAGAGGACAGGCAAACGGCCUUGUAAAGUGGCGCUGCGCUAUUCGCAGUGGGACUUCAAAAGGCUGGCUUCUUGAAUGCACAUUCUAAUCUAGGGCACGUGGAUGCGCAGCUUCAGGCAGGUGGUGUUUCAUAGGGACACAGUUCAUCUCUAGUAUUGUCUCCAAGAAGGGAGAGAAGCUAGCAGCAUAACCAAGUCCCAGGUAACAUGGAAAUAGUCCAUGCUCUCCAGGAGACAUGUCCGUCUAUGACCCUGGACGACGUGCUCCACGGAUACCAACGGAACCCUUCCCCAUCUGCCUGCUCUGCUUGUGUAGUGUUGUUUAAUACUGAAGAUCGCCAGUGUUCAGUUACUUAAGCAGCUUCAUGUUGGCUCCCCUGAUAUAACCAAAGAAAGCUUUUGUCCCUUAAAGCUAAAAUGCCACACUUGAGAGGUGGAGGCAGGGCGGAUCCAAAGUUCAUCCUUAGCUACAGAGUGAGUUCCCAGCCUGUCUAGCCUACAUGAUAUCCCAUCGUGAGACCCAAAGAACCCUGGAAAGCCAAACAUGACUAGAUGUUACAUAAUUGCUUCCACUAAACAUGAAAAGGGGGAAGUUUAGCUGGGAGGAGGUUUUUUAUUCCUAAGACUCUGAAACAAGUGUCUCUUCACCAGCAUCUACCUGCUGUGACCUGGCUGUCCUGCGUUGGCUGGAGAACCUGCUGAGAUCCCAUCUUUUAUGGUUGAGCAAUCUAAGAAUUAUCUUCUUGUAGAAGAUGAGCGUUCCGGAAGACAUUUCUAAGCAAUACGUGGGAAUGAGGUCAGAGCACACUUACUCAGCUGUUAACACUGUGACCACACACCAGUUAACUGCUGGCCUUCAAGCAAGUCCCUGGAACUCCAAACUGAAAUGGAGGCGCUUGUUGCCUCUUCCAUUUUAAAGACUCUAGGUAUAUCUCAUCUUUAAAGGUACAUUUUCAUGUAUCUUUAAAUGUAUCUUUAAACCUGGUUUUUCUAUCUUGUGGAGCUGCUGUCUACUUCUUUUUGGAACCAUGCCAUGACCCAAGAAGAUUUUCCUUUAUUUUAUUUUAUUUUGAUCAUCAUGUCUGAACCAAAAAUUCUCCUGAGUGACUAUAUGGAGAAUGAUCCUAACUAUUUAUCUAACUGUUAUAUCUAUACUGCUGUUAAGUCCAAAGCAGACUGACAUGUAUGCACUAGACUAAUAAUACAGCCUGGCGUGGUGGCGCACGCCUUUA